CGUAUAAUAAAGAAACGGUUCAAAGAGAGAGGAAAAUGGUCUUCUGAAUACCACCGGAAGACUGUCGCAUAGAAAUGUACACGGAUUGGUUACAAUCAUAUUAUGGAGGGGAAUUUUCAAACAAUAUUUUUGAUAUAUUAAGAAAACCAGCAUAAAAUAUAUCAUAGUCUGAAUGUGCAUCAAACAUAAUUAGACGUUUGUGGAAAGUAAAUUUUUUCAUACACAGUUUUGGUUCGCGAUAAAUCGUUCAAUGGAAAAACAAAAAUGGUUAUUUUUAACGUUGCUACUGACUCACGCGUUAGCUGAACACAACAAGCCACCCGACGAAAAACAGAUCGACUCCGUGGAAGAAUCGACCGAAUCAAAAAAAACAGAGAAAAGAGGCUUAAGCAAUGCGUUAGGAUACGGCCAAAAAACCAAUUCACACUCGUCGCCAGACAAUUCUGAUUAUUUGGGUCAUUCGUUUGGAAACGCCAAUGGUCGAAAUGGAAACGAGGGGCACAGUGAAAAUCCAUUGGCCAACCACGCAAACCAUAACAACGGUUACGGUUUUAACCAUUUCUUCUUCAACAGAGGCGUUCAAGGUAAUGGCAGAAACGCUGGUUCGGGUAAUCACGGAUUCCAAGGAGCGAAGAAUGCCAAUAACCAUGGCUGGAUGGCCAGUUUUUUUAACCAAGAAGGGAAAAACGAUUUUUCCGGUGGAGGAGGUUUUUUCGGUCACAGUAACGGUGUUGAUGCCGAACAUAACGCCUAUUACGGUUCACCUCAAGCGUUCCAAAUCUACGGAGGUGACGGCGAUUUCAGAGAUGGCGGAGGGAACGAUGACGCACACGGGACAUCCAACAACGAAGGAGGCUACGGCGGAGGCAACGCUGGUGGUCACGGAGGAGGUGAUCAUGGGGGAGACGGUGGUUUCGGAGAAGGCAGUCACGGAGGAGGAAAUUAUAACGGUGGCGGCCACGGAGGAGGCGGCCACGGAGAAGGAGGCCACGGAGGAGGCGGCCACGGAGGAACCGGCCACGGAGGAGGCGGCCACGGAGGAGGCGGUUACGGAGGAGGCGGCCACGGAGGAGGCGGCCACGGAGGAGACGGCUACGGAGGAGGAGGCUACGGAGGAGGAGGCUACGGAGGAGGCGGCCACGGAGGAGACGGCUACGGAGGAGGUUACGGUGGAAACGGCCACGAAGGAGGCGGUUACGGAGGAGGAUUCGGCGGACACGUCAAGACCGUAUACGUGACGAAGGAAGUGCCCGUGCCGUAUCCGGUGCACGUGGAGAAAAAAGUCCUGUACCCCGUCCGGGUACCCUACGAAAAGCCCGUGCCGUAUCCGGUCCACAAGCCGUAUCCGGUGCACAUCGAGAAACAGGUGCCGAUCCCGGUGCGCAUACACGUACCACAACCGUAUCCGGUGACGGUCGAGAAGCACGUACCGUUCCCGGUCAAAGUGAACGUGGACAGGCCGGUGGCGGUGCACGUGCCGAAACCGUAUCCGGUUUACAUCGAGAAAAAAGUGCCGGUGGCCGUCAAUCACCCGGUCCCGUACCCCGUGAAGAUACCGAUUGAUCGGCCCGUGCCCGUGCACAUACCGAUCGACAAGCCGUAUCCCUACCCGGUGGAGAGGAAGGUACCGUACCCGAUUAAAGUGCCGGUGGACAGGCCGUAUCCGGUGCACGUACCUAAACCGUACCCGGUGCACGUGGAUCGGCCGGUGCCGUACCCGGUCAAGGUUCCGGUAAAAGUGCCGGUCAAGGUGCCCGUACCGUACCCGGUGGAAGUCAAAGUUCCCGUCCACAUACCAGUGCACACGCAAUCCCACCACGGUUACGGUAACGAGCAUUCGACGAAGAACAGCGACGCAUACCGGCAAGGAUCUGUCCAGGAAAGUUCGGGAAUUGACACUGCGGGAUACGGCACUGCGUUCGUGAACAAUUACGAGAACGCCUUAACCGCGAUCGGGGGCCAGGACCAAGGGACGCCGGACGCCUACGGAGGCAACGAAGAUUACGGGACCCGCGGGUGACCGCCUUCGAUUUUUACCAAAUAGUAAGUGAUUCGUUGCCAUUUAUCGAGCUCGUCGUGAUCGGCACCAAUAAUCAAGUAGAUUUUACUGUACCUUUAUCCGUCCGACACGAUACGCGUCGCUCGAUCGUAAUAUUAUGCUGUCGUAAUAAUAUCCGUAAAACUUAAACGGACAUUACCGUGUCUUAUCGUAGUCGUAGCCGUAGAAUUAGAAUAGUUUGCUAGAUAGUCAGUGCACUCUUCGACAUCAACAUUAACGUUGACUCCUUUAAUCGAUAUAUAAAUCUCGUACCCGGUGCGAAAUGUUUUGUUGUACACGAAAACGUGAUACAUCGGAAUAAAAUGGAAAAAUUUAAAACAUCGAACAGACAGAGAGUGUGACACAACGGUCGUGGAUGUCAUUCGGUCCAUUCCGGCAUGUGAAAUGAGCUCAUUAUUUAUUUACCGAUCCGCACACGCCAUCCCGCGUAUCCGUGUUUUCCUCGUAGUGCCGGGUCGCGGAAAAUGCAAAAGCAAUUACCGAUUAUUUCGGUCGUUAUAAAAUGUUCGAAAACUGAAAUGAAUUCCGCUUUCGUUUCCCGUUCGGGUAUGCCGCGCGCGUGUACACGUCAUUUAUUGUAACAAUAACAACAACAACAACGACGACGACGACGACAUACCGCAUUACAGGAGAAGAAACCGAAACCGUUUGCGGAUUGUGCGUGGCCCCUCCCUUGUGUCAUGUACAUAAAAUUCAUAAAACGAACAUAACAAUAAUAAUAAUGAACCUGCGAAACGACGAAAUCGUAUUGGAUAUGUUGACAAAAAUACACACAGUUCCAUUAGAUAUUUGUCAUUUUGUACGCAGUUACUGUACAAUAUUAUUUACCUAUUAUACUGUUAAGUCGUAUUAUUACUAUGAAAUUAUCCUAUUGGACGACGGGCGUAAUAUAUUGUCACGCGCCGUCCGUCGGUGAAACUGUUCCGUGAAAAUGUAAAAACGAAGGUACUUUAUUAUGUACCUGUGACUGUGACCGUUUACACCCAUUAACCGUGCAGAUAUGUACAUAUCGUGU